AUGCCUCGACUGCGAGUACAACUAUCGUUUUUGCUAAUGAUAAAUCUUGUUAUUCUUGUUAAAUUUCCAGGUAACUCCCUUCCAAUUCGACAUCAUGUCGAAGAGGACAUUUCAAAAGUAUUGUCUUUAGCGUCUGUUAAAACCAGACCUGAGGUGAACAGUAAUACCAAAGGAAUUGGUGCGGACGCUGGUGGGUCUGAAUACCCGAGAAUACAAAAGAACACUUUUCAAACGCCGGUGAAGCUUGAAAAUGCUGACUCGCGUUCACAUGAAAGAACAUCACAAGGAAGUCGGGAAUUUACAUCAGAGGGACUGCACUCAUUGUCACGGAAGUACAACACUGAAAGGAGUCUCUCUAAAAAGAUUGCGCGGCUUAUCAAAUUAAGAUACAAUAACGUGGCUACUGCAAUCAGCAGAAUAUUUACUGAUCCCAAGCAUGACUUGGAUGAAGCAAGUGGCCUGGAUCAGGAAGAAAGGAAUGACCACUCUACUACAGUCCCUGGUAAUGAUUAUAAGUCUGACGGGUGGGGCAGUGAUGAUGAGGAUGACGACGUGGACGAUUCACUUGAAUCUCCAAAUGAUUUUCUGGAUGACGUUAAAGGAAAAGACGCUCCCGACCAAGCAACAAAUAACGAAUACAGUUUUGAACACUCUGGAGGUGGGCGAGGUUCCCUGAGAGGAAUCGAGAACGGUAAGCAAACCUCCUGCCCUUCUAACCUCGUCCUCAGGGUUUUUUCCUUAAAAAAUGGGUGGGCGGAGAGGAUCGAAUUUUUGGGGCCAAUUGUCUCAUGCCCCACCCGAUGGUGUGUAAUAAUUAGUGUACACUUUUUGAACUUAUCUGCGGUGGAAAUUAUCAUCCAUCUAGUGUCAAGGACAUCGUUCCAAGGACUUUUCCCUGGUUAAUAUGUCAAUGGUACGUUUGAGAUAGAUACUUUUUCAAACCUGAAAUUUUUCCCAGUUUAACGAUGGGGCAGGUUGGCCUUCCUACUUUCUUUGUAUUAAUAACUGACGUUUGUGCUCUUAUAACUGAACUCGCACAAAUAACUUACAAUUUACUUUCCUCUUGUUCUAGUUGGAGGUAACAAAGAAGGCCACUCUUCUAGACAAAAGCGAGAGGAACCAGAAGGCGGAAGUCAUAAAACGAACAAGGAUGACCUGAAAAAACGGUUUCAAAUGCCAGUUUCAGGAGUCCGCUGGACAGGUUUCUCCUUGGCUCAUCACACAAGCCGAGAUGGCGUUGCUAAAGCAAAGAAAUCGAAAAGGAACAAAAAUGAUGAUGAGGUUACCGGAUCAUUUACGCUUUUUCUUGUGUUUUCCGUUGCCACUGCUCUGUUGCUGGUUCUCACGAUGGCAGUCUGUUUUAUAUACACAUGGUAA